AUGUUGCUGAGCAAUUCAAUUUAUUCGCUUCCCUCGCUGUCGAAGGUACUCGUCGCGGCACUCACUAUUGUCUCAACAUUGAUAUUCUUGAUCAAGUUGAACCACUUCCGCCUGACUCCCGAAGACCAAGACACCAAAUUCCACGACAUUUUAGUUCCUUAUUUGCAAUUGAUUCCACGUACCACGAUAUUCUAUCCGUGGGUGCUUUUAACUGCAAUUUUUGCGGAAAUCAGCGUGUUUCUGUACAUAACGUCGUUUGUUAUCUUGUUGCAAUCCACCAGAUACGUAGAAAAGUUUUGGGGGUUCAAUGAGGUUUUGAAAUUCGUCUUUGUGGUUGGUGGUGUCACCAACUUGUGGACAGUCCUUGUGACUAUCACGUGUAACGUGUUAAGAGGAGAAUCAGCAAUCUCAAUGGACAUACCAUUGGGAGGAGGAAUUCUGUACUAUUUCGGAUUUCUUGUUGUGUUGAAACAAUUGAUACCCGAACACAACGUGGUGUUAUUCCAGGGGGUUAUUAAUUUCAGGGUCAAGCACUUGCCUUUUAUAUUUUUGAUUGUUGUGUUGCUUGUCUCAGUAAUCAUUACGCAAUCAUUGUACCCAUUUAUUCCCUCCAUUGGCUCGUUUGUAAUCAGUUACAGUUACUUGAGGUUCUAUCAAACCAUAAUCACCGAUCCGUUAUUGCCAAUCACUACUGCAAAUGCCAAUGCUGAGUCUAGUUCUAGCAGCGGCGUUUCUGCCUCUGGCGCCUCGUUGAUUACCGGAGAUGCCUCCGACGCGUUCAGACUCGUCGAAUUCUUCCCUGAAAUCUCCAAGCCAUAUUUGCUGCCUGUGUUUGACAUGAUCUACGAGAUCGGGUGCUUGUUGGGGGUUAUCACACCAUUUAACGACGAUUUGAUUGAACAGAGUAAUAUGAGAGCGGCCAAGAGACUGGAACAGGCUAGCAAUGCUCUGAAGAGCGUAGCAAACUCGGUUGCAGAAAGAAGGAGACAAGUUGCCUUGCAAAUGAUAGAGGAAAGGAUAAGCAAGCCUGACCAAUCGUAG